UCUUCAAAGAGAGUGAGAGAGAGAAUCCCUCACGUUUUGAAGUUCUGUAGCCACAGCUCUAACUUCGAGCUCUAUUUGCUGGUUUUUCUUGUUUGCAUCUGCACAGAUAAAAAAAAGGGGACAUGAAAAAGCUUUUUUCUUGGGGAAUCGUUACACUUUUUGUCAUUUUCUAUUAAAUCAGAAGUUGAGAAAGAUUUAGCUAGGUUUGAAGCAUCAGAGUUUCUCGAUCUGAAACCACAGAAAUCAAAUACAACUUCUUUUGCUUCUGGGUGUGAACGGAAAUCCUUGUAUGCAAGGGUAGAAGCUCUAUUGUGGAUGAUGGACCAGAUAAUCGACCGUUCCCCAAAUGCUCAUCGGGUGUUUCGAGUUCAAGCUCCACUGGUGGAAUCUGUUAAUUGCUAUUGUAAAGUAGAUUCUGGCCUAAAAACUGUUGCUGGUGCAAGUAAAUUCGUUCCAGGAUCUAAACUAUGUAUCCAGCCAGAUAUUAUUAACCCGCGUUCUCAUAGAACAAAGAACUUGAGGAGGGAAAGGACAAGAAUUCAAGCGCCUCUCCUGCCUGGUCUUCCAGACGAUCUUGCGAUUGCUUGCCUGAUUCGAGUCCCUCGUGUGGAACACAACAAACUGCGUCUAGUUUGCAAAAGAUGGUACCGACUUCUUGCAGGAAACUUCUUUUACUCUCUCAGGAGAAACCUGGGGUUGGCAGAAGAGUGGGUUUACGUAAUAAAGCGAGAUCGAGAUGGAAAGAUCUCGUGGCUCGCGUUUGAUCCAACUUACCAGGUUUGGCAGUCACUUCCACCUGUUCCAGAUGAAUACAGUGAUGCUUUGGGGUUUGGCUGUGCUGUUCUGAGUGGUUGCCAUCUAUACCUUUUCGGAGGAAAAGACCCGAUUAAAGGUUCAAUGAGAAGAGUUGUUUUCUACAGUGCGAGAACAAAUAAGUGGCAUCGAGCACCGGAUAUGCUGAGGAAGCGCCAUUUCUUUGGUUCUUGUGUGGUGAAUAACUGCCUAUAUGUGGCUGGAGGUGAAUGUGAGGGGAUCCAGAGAACACUCCGAUCAGCAGAAGUUUAUGAUCCGAACAGGAACAGGUGGAGUUUCGUUGCAGAUAUGAGUACAGCCAUGGUUCCAUUUAUAGGUGUGGUUUAUGAUGGGAAAUGGUUCUUGAAAGGUCUCGGUUCACAUCGAGAGGUUCUUAGCGAAGCUUAUAUUCCUGAAACUAAUUCAUGGACGCCUGUAAACGAUGGAAUGCUGGCUGGUUGGCGUAAUCCAUGCAUUUCCAUGAAUGGUAUGUUGUAUGCUCUAGAUUGUCGCGAUGGGUGUAGGCUUAAGGCUUAUAAUGAAGAAACCGAUACUUGGCAACUUUCUCUGGAUAGUAAACUGCAUCUAGGGAGCUCUCGAGCACUUGAAGCGGCAGCUCUUGUACCACUUAAUGGUAAACUCUGCAUCGUCCGCAACAAUCUAAGCAUAAGUAUGGUUGAUGUUUCGAGUUCAGACAAUAACCCACAGUUAUGGGAGAAUAUAGUAGCUGGUAAGGGCCAUAUCAGGACCCUUUUCACUAAUUUUUGGUCCACAAUAGCAGGGAGAGGUGGCUUGAAAAGUCACAUUGUUCACUGUCAGGUGCUUCAAUCUUGAAUUUGAUUUUGUUUCUUCUUCCUGGCCACUCCUGGUUCAAGAACAUAAAGCAGCUAGUUUUGGCUCGGAUUUGAUUUGCGACAACUUAAUCCGUCUCAGUUAAAUAUAGAACCUUUAUAAACUAAACUUGUUUCGGUAUAUAUUCGUCCUGGUAAAUUUGGGGCAGUUCAUCAACUUUGUUGCAUUAUGUUUAUUUUUGUUGUAGAAUUUCAGCAUGGUAGAAAUUCAAGUCAUUUUUCUAUGAACCUUGUUUAGGAUUUUAUUUUAAUUCUCUAUGUUUGUUCA